AUGUAUGUAUUCCACCCCGAAGCCACGCAGAGCGACGACAGUUCGAGAAACCCGUCUCAAGAACCAAAAAACAACACUUUCAAGACUUCAAGAUCCAUCAUGUCCGUCGUUGCUGCUUCGGAUUCAAAUGGCAAGAUGGCCGGCUUUCUUGACUCUCUGGUUGACUCAUCUCCUGAUACCAGCUCGAAAUCGAUCAAGAACCACCUUGUUCGGAUAGACAAUGAGAUCACUCGAGUACAGACUGACAUUCAAUCGACCAUUAAAGCUGGAUGGUCAGAUUUUCAGCAUCAAUCGAUCACUGGAUCGACAUUAUAUCACCAAUCCGUAAACCUAGAGGCUCAGCUAAACCAAAUCGACGAAAAACUGGACGAUCCUCAAAAUGGACUGGUCCCCAACCUACUUUCCGCCAUCAAACAUCACCAGGCCGUUACCGCCCAACAUUCUGAAUCGUCUCAAAACUUGAAAGCCAUCCAAUCGCUGUCAGCUGCCUAUCACCAACUGGCGAUACUUUCAAAGCUCGUUCAUUCAGACGAUCUCAUAACCGCUGUAUCAAAAUUACCACAAACCAAAUCAGAGGUGUCACUUUUAAAACAAUACCAAUCAGCGUCAAGUCUUGCCAAGCGAGCCGUGCAUCGAAUUCAAGAAUUGGAAGAAGACCUAAAGCAACGGUUGAUUGAUGAUGUCAGGGCGUGUGUUACUUUUCAGGAUGAGCACAAGCAAACAGAGGACUCGAUCUUCAAGUUCAAUUUAUUCGUCAACGCUAGAACACCUCAGCAGCCUCAAUCGUUAAUUCAAUGGAAUUCAGCUGUUGAUGCUCUACAAACGCUUAGUGGACAAGAGUUUAUCACUGCUCACCUUCAAAGAAUCUCAAAUGUCUUGAUCGAAAAAAUCGUUACUCCUCUCAUCAACUCUGUCAUCGAUACUUCAACGCAUCUGAAAUUGAUUCCCACCGAAACUUCAAAUGAAUCAUGCUGUGCAUUGACCUUCGAGCAGCAAGCUGAGGGGAAUUGGCUUGAUUUGUACGAUUCAUUUCGCUUACUGUUAUCCACCCUUCAAGACAAACUUUUGACCAAAUCUCUUCAGAAUACAUUCUCUCAAUACUUAUGCUCGCCCCUUGAAGCCAAAUUACUUACCGAAGCUCUAGAUUCUGGCUUGCCUAGUUCUCCUCGUGAUAAGGUCCGUCUCAGUCAACUGAUGAACCUCUUAGAUCAAACUCGCCUCUUUGGGAAUUGGUUACAAGAUCACGAUUGGCUUUCCAACCGCCAGAAGAAUCGAUUGGUAGAAUGGUGUAACAACGUCCAAGAUCGAUUCCUUCAUAAAGUAGCCACUCGGGUCUUGGAACGUGCCAGGAGUGAAAUGGUUACCACACAAUGGGAAAGCGUUGUAGUGCAGUGGGAAAUUAUACCUGAAGCUGAAAUUGUACCUUUGACCCGCAAAGAAACUGGCGCUGGCCACGAAUCAUCCCCGGCUAUCCAUUCUCCUACAUCUAGUGCGCCCGUCGACACAGCAAACUAUCAAUCAUCCGAGUCUCCUAAGCAAGCUGCAGGCUUCAGGUCUUUAUUCAAUCUUGUUUCAAGUACCUCUCAUCAUAAUCAGCCCUCAGCCGACACGAUAUCCAAGCCACCAUCCCAACAGCCGGCGUCGUCUACCUCGCCAUCCUCCAAGAACUUUCGAUCUUUGUUCAAUUUUGGCCCCGAGCGAGAAACCGUCCUCAAUCCUGAAGCAUCCGACGAGCCUUCAUCUUCGUCAACAGAAAAGACCUCUUCUCCCGAGAUCAUCGACCGCUUAUCCGAGUCUUCUCUGCCUACAUCCCAGACAAACAAGCCGUCUUCUCCGUCAAGUUCUCUGCCUACAUCCUUAGCGGAUGAAGCAAAUAAAAAACCUGAGGAAGAUGUGGAUUGGGACAUGAGUGGAGAGCUCUUAGCAGAUCCAGCAACGUCAUAUACAUCGACUUCUACCAAAUCUCACGCCCCUUCCUUGAAAGAUACGCUAGACGAAGAAGUUGAAGAAGACGCAUGGGGUCUCGAUGAAUCAAAUGAGGAGCCAGUAUUGGAUGUAGAGUCGCAGGAGGAUGGUACGACCGUCCACGAAAGUCCGAAGAUCCAAGAACACACGUCAGCCACAAUCAACCCGACAUCGCUACUUGAUAAAGAACUUAAUCAAGGCGAGGAGGAAGAAGAUCCUGACCCGGAUGCGUGGGGCUUCGAGCAAGAAGAAGCUACUCCGACCGCUGAUGAAGUGAUGAGAUUGCGUGGAGGCCUGCCAUCGCCUGUCACGAGUGAAAUAGAUGAUGACGGCUGGGGUUGGACCGAUGAUAUUCCUAGUGAGAACCCAACUCAGGAAAUCAAUCAGCCCCAAGAAAACCCUGCAAGCAACCAUUCUAAUACGGCCGUUCCAGACAACCUAUCUCUUGGUAAAACUGUCCAUGUGGGACAGCUGACAAUUUCUACAUUAGCGCAGAGGGUUUUGGAAAUCGUUCAAGAAGUCGUCGAUGACGCAGCUGAAACUGAAAAGCCUGAUUUUCCCAGCCCUUUUCUCUCACAGUCUGCGCCUGGUCUGAUCAAACUGGCAUUGGAUGUGGUAGAUCUGUUCCGGAUUGUGAUGUUUGUUCACCACUCGAAGCUGCUCGACUCAGUUCCCUCACUUAGUGUCCAAUUUUCAAACGACUGUGAUUGGUUAUCAAAACAAGUCCAGCUUAUUCCUCGAUUAAAUAAUUUAGAAGAGACUACAAAACUCUCUGAGCGGCUGAAGGCCCUGGGCGUGACAGUUCGAGAGAAGCAAAUGACUAAUCAAACAGCUGCUUUGAUGGAGUGUCUUAAUGAAGCCGAAGGCUUCGUGAAGACUUCUCGCGAGGACCGAUUUUCAGCUUGCGAACGAGCAUGUAAACAAGUUACCCACACCCUCGCAAGUCUAGCACAAGUUUGGAAGCCGGUCAUGCUAAGAUCAGAGUAUCUGAAUUCCCUGGGACGCUUAGUCGAAUCUGUACUCCAACGGAUCUUGAAUGAGAUUGAAGAACAGAUUGACAUCGAAGAAAACGACUCAAAACAAUUGAACAUCAUUUGCAAAUCGCUCCAUCCUCUGAUCAAGUUAUUCGACUUACAACCCGACUUCGAUCAUGCCGAUAUCUAUCGAUAUGUUCCGAGCUGGUUUAAAUUUUGUUUCCUGUCUGAAUUACUAGAAGCUUCGAUGGCGGAUAUAAUGUGGAUGUAUCAAGAGGGACAUCUCAGUGAAUUCAGCCGACAAGAAAUUGUCAGAUUGAUCAAGGCGCUCUUCGCCGAUAGUCAUUUGAGAGCCAAGAACAUUGAUCUAAUCCUUUCCAAUCAGUGA